UUUGUGAUGUUUCAUGCUGAUGGGUUGUGAGGUUGUGAGCAUGAUGCGUGUUCUGUAGGAGCAUGCAGCGUGGUUGACGUGUGACAAGGAAACAAUAGCAUUUGCAAAAGAGAAACAAAUAGCUGAAGGAAUGAGUUUGAUUGCCGAGUUAGCUGGUGAUGAGCUGGACAAGAAAUCCCGAACGUUUGUCUUCAAGGAGGGUGGUCACACGUUCGGAAAUGCGUUGAGAUGUAUCAUCUCUCGCUACCCUGAUGUUACGUUGUGUGGCUAUACAAUACCUCAUCCUUCUGAGACUGCAAUGCACUUUAGAAUCCAAACAACAGGAUCAGCAGCUGUGGAUGUUUUGAAGCAAGGCAUUGAAGACUUGGAAAAGUUGUGUGACCAUACAUUGACUGUGUUCCAGGAUGAAAUGACACAGUUUAAAGCAGCAAAUUGAAAUGUUUCCAGUUUCUCUCCAAAGACUCAUAAGAAAUGCAGAAAUGUGUAUUUUAUAAUAAAAAUAAUUUGAAAAAGGAUAAUUU